GUGCAAGCUCCUGUUGCACGACUUUAUAUUCGAGCCUUGCACUCGUCGUCCGCAAGUUCGAGCGAUAACAUCGUUCGCCAGGCGCAUUCCCAGAAGUACGCAAUAUAGGCAAAUAUGAACGAUAUAAAAUCAAUUCUCGUGUUGUAUUUGGUAUAUACGCUGUUGAUUGAUGUUUCGCCAAUAUUUUUUGAAUCACGUCCUGACUUGUUUGCGCGUGAGAGAUACGCGAGGAGUCGAAAUAAGACGACAGAGAGAUCUUUUGAUUCCAUAGAAGGCCUAAAAUCUCUGGAUUUUGUGGCACUUGUCAAUCGAUUUGGAUAUCCAGCCGAAGAACAUCUUGUGACAACAAUUGAUGGAUAUAAGUUACGCAUUCACAGAAUACCGGGAAGUCCUUCAAUUCCUAAGGCAGCGAAAAAACCAAUUGCCUUAUUUCAACAUGGUAUAUUCGCAUCCUCGGAUUUAUGGAUCCUUUCUGGCCCGACCAAGGAUUUGGCGUACUUAUUGGCUGAUGCCGGAUAUGACGUGUGGUUGAGCAAUGCACGCGGUAACACUUAUUCCCGUUCGCACACAACGUUGUCUCCGAACCGUGAUCAGCAAUUUUGGCAAUUCAGCUUCCACGAGAUAGCAGUAUUUGAUAUGACAGCUGUCAUCGACUAUAUUCUACAAUUAACGGAUCAACAAUCAAUUGUUUAUAUUGGCCAUUCGAUGGGUACAACUAUUAGCUAUGUAUUGCUGUCUACGAAACCCGAAUACAACAAAAAACUGAAAUUAAUAAUCAGUUUGUCACCGGUAGUCUACUGGCAUACGCCACACUCACCUAUGGUGAAGUUCGUCAAGAAGAAUUUUGAGGCAUUUAAAAAUUUCUAUAUUAGUUCCGGUACUUACGAAGUCUUUCCUUUAACGAAAGCAAACAUAAAAGUUUUGUACUCAUUUUGCAGCAAUGAAAGUAUUUUACAACAAUAUUGUAUAAAACUUAUAUAUUAUUUGUUUGGUUACAAUCCUUCUCAAUUUAUUACAUCUAAAUUGCCGACUCUAGUCUCAUAUUUUCCUUCAGGAUCUUCGAUUCAAACGUUAACGCAUUUUUACCAAAAUUUGAUAUCAGAUUCUUUUAAAAUGUUUGACUAUGGAAUUAUACAGAAUUUUGCAGUGUAUAAGCAGAGGGAACCACCGCAUUAUAAUUUGAGUAAUAUUGUCGCACCAGUGGCUUUAUUUUAUGGAAAAGGAGAUACAUUAAUUUCACCACACAAUUCCAUCGAUUUGUCGAAGGAUUUACGAAAUAUUGUGACUAUUGAACCAGUGAAAGAUGAAAUGUUCACUCAUUUUGAUUUCUUAAUUUCACGUGAUCUAAAAACUGUACUCAAUGAUCGAAUCCUAGAAAUCAUUAGCGAAGUCGCUUGACAUGAUUAUAGAUCCGAUGAUAUUGUAUUAUAGUAUUUAAUGAAUUCGUUCGUCUAGGGUAUUAUAUAUAUGCAACUGUUAUUUGUUGAUGAAGCAUAUUGUAUACUCAAUCAUCAUUGAUAUUCUGUAUUUUUUU